CCAAAACAAAGCUCCCUCUCGAGCGAAAUGCAGCAUAUCGUCCGAAACCACCCACUCACGCACCCGGAUGGCUCUCAAACUUUAUUUGUUGGGGCGAUAAGCAGUACGCGUCUUUUCUGCAAUUGCACAUGUUGGCACUGGAGAUGUGGGGUUGCGGGCCGUUUUAAUGCAUGCAGUCAAUUCUGCAAAAGCCUUCCGUGAUGCCGAAUUGGUAUAUAAGGAGAGGAUGAAGUCAUCACGAAAUGCUUGAAAUUAAUCAAAAUAGACUUGCAAAUAAACUUGAACAUUAACAAUUCAUCGUUUGAAUUUUCUAGGAUCAAAUCUUCCAUUUUAGCAACCAUGGUUCACGCAGCUACACUCCCCAAGAACGCCCCUAAGAACUUCGACUUCAUUGUCGUUGGCGGUGGCACUGCUGGCUGUGUUGUAGCUGGUCGUCUGGCCGAAAACCCCAAGGUCUCUGUUCUUGUCAUUGAGGCUGGCAAAAACAAUACCCCUGAAAUUCCCGAGAUCACCACUCCAGCUCGCGCCUUUGAGCUGCGAGGAAGUCAGUAUGACUGGUCUUACAAGACGACCAUGAUCGAUCGCCCCGACUACACACGUGUCGAGAAACCAAACACCCGCGGCAAAGUCCUUGGUGGCAGUAGCUCUCUUAACUACUACACUUGGGUUCGCGGAAGUGCCGCUACGUUCGAUGACUGGGCCGAGUACGGUGGUGAUGAAUGGAACUGGGCCAACACCAAGGACUACUUUAACAAGUCUGCGACAUAUCACGAUGACGGAAACCUUUACGCCCCUGAUCUUGCCAAGAUCGGCAACAAGGGUGGCCCACUGCACAUCUCUCACUCGGACUUGGUCCCUGAGCUGAAGCCUUUCCGGGACGCUUUGGAGAAGGCCUGGGUUAGCAAGGGUCAAGAGCUGUCCGUCGAUGUGUACAACGGCACACAGAAGGGUCUGUUCAAAUGUGUCAAUAGCAUCUAUAAGGGUACUCGCUCUACUUCUGCCGUCUUCCUCGAGGGCAAGAACAAUGUGACUCUCGUGUCCUCGACCACUUCAAAGAACCUUGUCUUCGAGAACGGCAAGGCGGUUGGAGUUGCUGUCAUUGGCCCCGACGGCCACGAAUAUACCUUCCACGCCAAGUACGAGGUCAUUGUCUCCCAGGGUGUCUAUGAAUCCGCCAAACUUCUCCUCCUCUCUGGUAUCGGUCCCAAGGCCGAGUUGGAGGCCAAGGGUGUCAAGCCUUACCUUGACUCCAAACACGUGGGCCAGAACCUCUUGGACCACCCGAUUCUCUCGCACGUAUUCAAGCUCAAGGAUGGAUAUGGUCUCGAUAGCCAUCUCCUUCGCAACGGCCCCCAAAAGGAUGGCGCUACCACGGCAUACAGAAGAGACAAAAAAGGCCCUUACAGCAGCGGCUUGCUCGAACUCGUUGCCUUUCCCCGAAUCGAUGAAUACCUCCAUCGUUCUACGGAGUACAAGGAAUACUUGGCGAAGAAUGGUGGUGUUGAUCCAUUCGGCCCUGCUGGACAGCCGCACUUCGAGGUCGACUUUGUUCCCAUGUUCGCUGAUGCCUUCCAAUGGCACUUCCCCACUCCCCCGACCGGCGAUUGGUUGACUGUCAUUGUCGAUCUUAUGCGUCCCUUGUCCCGUAACGGAGAAGUCAAGCUUAACUCCACCGACCCGUUCGAACAACCAUACAUCAACUUGAACUUCUUCUCCGACGACCUCGAUCUUGUUGCACUCCGUGAGGGUGUUCGGUUCAUCGACGAUAUUGUCAGGAACGGCGAGGGCUUGAAGGAUAUAAUCAGUGAAGACUACCCCUGGCCGAUGCCGCGCAACUCGGAUGAGGCAAUGAACAAGACAAUUCUUGAGCGCUCGCAAACCGGCUUCCACCCUUGCGGUACUUUGCGUUUGUCCAAGAACAUUGAGCAAGGCGUUGUCGACUCCAACUUGAAGGUCCAUGGUAUCAAGGGCCUUCGUGUGAUUGACGCUUCGGUCUUCCCUGUCAUUCCGGACUGCAGAAUCCAGAAUGUAGUAUACAUGGUUGCCGAGAAGGGUGCUGAUUUGAUCAAGGCUGAACAUCCCAGCCUCUUCAAGUAAAGUGGCCAAAUCGAGCAGGCAAUCCCGCACAGAACGAUUUUUAAAUGUCUAUAAAGCAAUUAAAUAGGUUUUUUUUAUCGCUUAGUAUAUUAAAUGUCGAUUAGACUUCUGCUGAACCAUGUCUUUUUAUGAAAGUCGUACAACGGACAUCCACACACACACGUAUAGCCUUGAACUAACCAAACCAGUCCGGUUGGUUCAUCCCUAGAAAUUGUGACAUGAUGUCGGUUGGAUCUAUUCCAAAUCCUGGAGUUUGCCAGUCAGUUUCAGGCCCUUCACU